AACAAGGAACUAAACAAGUCAUGUCUCAUAUGUUAUAUCAGAGCAGUCACUUCCUGAAUGCUGUUUCCCUGUGUGAUAAGGCAGCAGUGAGCGGCAUGUCUUGUGUGUAUGUUGUGUGCUUUGUGAGUGUGUGUGUACAUGUCAUCUCCUCACUGCCUGUGUCUAUAGAAGAACAGCAGACUCCAUGUAAGGGAGACAUGUCUAUGUGCAGACCCCCAGUGCACAAUGACAGCAGCAGCCAUGUUCCGGUCCCCGGGAUCCCUCACUGCUCCUACAAUGAUACAUUCUUACGCUUCAUGGAGACCUGGGGCAAGAAAUACCCGGCUGGCAGUCAGCUCUCUCAGGACAGAUACCAAGCCUUCCUGAAAAGCCUGGAGAGACAUUGGAUUCUUAAUGCUGAUACAAAUGAUACCGCUGGCGCAUUUUAUGGAAUUAAUCUGUUUUCUGAUCUGUCGGUUGAAGAAUUUACAAACACCUUCUUGAGGAGUUACCCUUUAAAAAGCCUGGAUUAUUAUGUGCCUUAUACUAAAGGAGAAAAAACGUUACCCUUGCGCUUCGAUUGGAGAGAUAAACAGCUGGUGACAGAAGUGAAGAACCAGCUGGAUUGUGGUGCUUGCUGGGCCUUCAGUAUAGUUGGUGCUAUAGAGUCUGUUCACGCCAUCAAAGGAAACCAACUUGAAGACCUCAGCGUACAGCAGGUCAUUGACUGUUCGGACUCGGAUAGAGGCUGCAAUGGCGGAUCCACAGACAGCGCUCUGAAUUGGCUGAGUGAGUCUCAUACAAAACUUGUAAGGGCCUCAGAAUAUCCAUUUAAAGCGAAAACUGGAACAUGUCAUUAUUUUCCUCUGACAAAAUACGGGGUUUCUAUAAAGGGAUAUAAAGCUUAUGACUUCAGUAACUGUGAAGAGGAAAUGAUGGACCUGCUGAUAAGAGUUGGCCCAUUGGCAGUCAUAGUUGAUGCAGUGAGCUGGCAGGAUUAUCUGGGAGGUAUAAUUCAGCAUCAUUGUUCCAGUGGACAUUCCAAUCAUGCUGUCCUGGUGGUUGGUUUUGAUAAAUCAGGGGACAUCCCUUACUGGAUAGUGAAGAAUUCUUGGGGAACGUCUUGGGGUGUAGAUGGAUACGUGCAUGUUAAAAUGGGACAGAAUUUAUGUGGAAUAGCAGACUUUGUGACUUUCCCAGUAUUGUGACUUGUCGAAAUACCAGAAAAAAACAUGAAUACGAUAAAAAAAAACACUACCUCAAUUGGUCUAUAUCAUAUAGGACAUCCUGACAAUUGCAAUUGAAAGAGUAAAAUCAAUUUAGAAGGACAUAAGCUGAACUUUGUAAAUCAUCAGAUGUCCACAUUUAGCGCCUUAAGGAAUCUGAAACCUUUUACAUAGGUUUAUAGCAACCAAUGACCUUAUACUGAGGAACUAUUUCACUGAGCUGUGGAAUGAAAACACUGCAUGCUGGGAAAUUUGAACAGUUCUGUUUAUUUUUGCACAUUGAAGGAAAAGGGAAGCAUUUACAUAUAAAUAGUACCUGUCAUCAAACCAUAUUUUCUACACUAAAUCAGAUUAUUUUCCUUAACUUUUUCUAACACCUUUCCUGCCCUUAAAAUUUUUUUGUGAGCUUUAAAAAGCUGUGUAUACCUUUCCCCUUGCUCACAUUGUAUGAGCUCCCAGCAGGAGAAAGUGGGCGUUCCCCAGCAGGCGCUAUGUCACUGAACCCUAUGAGAGCGAUGCCUCGCCACGCCCUGCAUGCACUUCCUGAAUUUGGUCUCCUGCCAGGCGGGGACGAGACCAAACUCACUGUUUGACUUGCACAGGGAACAGAACAGAGCCACCUAGUGGCUGUUUUUUUAAUUACAUUAAAAACAUAUAAAGGUUGAGAAUUUUAACAGCAAGUAAAUAGCAAAGUGUCUUAUAGUUACAUAAACAAUAUAUGAAAAGUUUUGUUUGGUGACAGGUACUCUUUAUGAGUUUAUGACAGCAUUAUAAACCCAGGCCCUUUUGCUUGUUAUACUGUAUAUUGCAUAGGGGUUAUUGGAAAUAAAAUACCAUUAAUGGACUGAAAACAGCCUAAUAUAACUCUAGUACCAUAUGUUAUACACUGCUCAAAAAAAAUAAAGGGAACGCUAAGAUAACACAUCCUAGAUCUAAAUGAAUGAACUAAUUGUAUGAAAUACUUUCAUCAUUACAUAGUUGAAUUUGCUGACAACAAAAUCAGACAAAAAUUAUCAAUGAGAAUCUAAUUUAUCAACCCAGGUCUGGAUAUGGAGUCACACUCAAAAUCUAAGUGGAAAACCACACUACAGGCUGAUCCAACUUUUCUGUAAUGUCCUUAAAACAAGUCAAAAUGAGGCUCAGUAGUGUGUGUGGCCUCCUCCUCCUGAUGAGGUGGUGGACAGUCUGUGGUGCAACAUGGCAUUGGUGGAUGGAGCAAGACAUGAUGUCCCAGAUGUGCUCAAUCUGAUUUAGGUCUGGGGAACGGGUGGGCCAGUCCAUAGCAUCAAUGCCUUCCUUUUGCAGGAACAGCUGACACACUCCAGCCACAUGAGGUCUAGCAUUGUCUUGCAUUUGGAGGAACCCAGGGCCAACCGCACCAGUAUAUGGUCUCACAAGGGGUCUGAGGAUCUCAUCUUGAUACCUAAUGGCAGUCAGGCUUCCUCUGGAAAGCACCUGGAGGGAUGUGCGGCCCCCCAAAGAAAUGCCACCCCUCACCAUUACUGACCCACCGCCAAACCAGUCAUGCUGGAGGAUGUUGCCGGCAACAGAAUGUUCUCCACGGCGUCUCCAGACUCUGUCAUGUCUGUCACAUGUGCUCAGUGUGAACCUGCUUUAAUCUGUGAAGAGCACAGGGUGCCAGUGUCGAAUUUGCCAAUCUUUGUGUUCUCUGGCAAAUGCUAAACAUCUUGCACAGUGUUGGGCUGUAAGCACAACCCCCUCCUCUGGAUGUCGGGCCCUCAUACCACCCUCAUGGAGUCUGAUUCUGACCGUUUGAGUGGACACAUGCACAUUUGUGCCCUGCUAGAGGUCAUUUUACAGGGCUCUGGCAUUUCUCCUUCUGCUCUGCCUUGCACAAAGGUGGAGGUAGCGGUCCAGCUGCUGAGUUGUUGCCCUCCUACGGCCUCCUCCACGUCUCCUGAUGUACUGGCCUUUCUCCUGGUAGCGCCUCCAUGCUCUGGACACUAUGCUGACAGACACAGCAAACCUUCUUGCCAUAGCUCGCAUUGAUGUGCCAUCCUGGAUGAGCUGCACUACCUGAGCCACUUAUGUGGGUUGUAGACUCCGUCUCAUGCUACCACUAGAGUGAAAGCACCACCAGCAUUCAAAAGUGACCAAAACAUCAGCCAGGAAGCAUAGGAAUUCAGAAGUGGUCUGUGGUCAUCACCUGCAGAGCCACUCCUUUAUUGGGAGUGUCUUGCUUAUUGCCUAUAAUUUUCAUCUGUUGUCUGUUCCAUUUGCACAACAGCAUGUGAAAUUGAUUGUCAAUCAGUGUUGCUUCCUGAGUGGACAGUGUGAUUUCACAGAAGUGUGAUUGACUUGGAGUUACAUUAUGUUGAUUAAGUGUUCCCUUUAUUUAUUUUUUUGAGCAGUGUAUAAUGGUUGGCUUACAGAAACUCUAUUCAGGCCAGUCACUAGCUUACUAUAUUUAGCUAUUGUAUGUGUUCAUUAAACUUCCAAAUAUUUACAGCAUGCCUCAAUGCAACAAAGGGAUUUUCACUAAACAUAUCAUGAUUGUCAAAUGUUCUUGUAAAUGAUUUGUAAUGUUAAUGUUUGUUCAAAUUUGAAGACUGUUUAUGUUUGUGUGUAUGUAUAUCCAAAGAUGUGUUUAGCUUUGCACUGCAAAUGCCUUAAAGGGACUCACAUAGGAUGUUUUUUACUCAUUAGAGCCAGGUAUUAAUACAUGUUCUAUGUUUGUAAUAUGUUUUUAUUUUCUUAUUGUCAUUUUGUUUUCAUUUCUUAUAAAUUAUUAUGGGGCAGCAAUCUAGCCUGAACUUUUUGUAACAUCAUUUAGAUAGAUGCUUUACAAAAGACCCCUUGAGCAUAGGCAAUAGGCUAAAGAUGUCUCAUUCAUAUAAGUAGGAAAGACGUCUGGACAUGAUCUGAGACCUUUUUCAGGUUAAUUUUACAGGGAGGGGAGGCUGAUCUGUGAGCUACAGUUAUAGUGGGUACCUCUGUUAUCUUUAUAUUGGUGUCAUAUUUUACUGUAAUCAGGAUAGUUUAGGCCUAGUGGCCAGAAAAUUUCAGAAAACAUUGAUUUUAAAACAGAGAUAGUAAAUUGGAAAAUUAAUAUAAACUUCACUAAAAUUCUUGCCUGUUAACAGAUUAUAUUGUAUGUAAUUUUUUAUUUGCUUAACUACAGUGUUAUUGUAAUUUUUGAAUGUAAAAUACUUAAUACAUACAGUGCUUUCAGAAAGUUAUCAGACCCUUUAAUUUCUAUUCUAUUUUCAUUUUCAAAUUGUGUUAUGUUGCGGCCUUUUCCCCAUUAUUCUGCACUCAAUAUCCCAUAAUAAGAUUUUUAAAAUAGAAUUUUCUAAAUGUUUGCUAAUUUAUUGAAUAUGAAAACUAAAAUUUUACAUGAACAAGUAUUCAGUAUUUACCCUGAGCAAGUAUUCAGACCCUUUGCUAUGACACUUGCAUUUGUUAAAUUCAGGUGACUGGACAGGAUUUGGAAAGACACAGCCCUGUCUAUAUCAGGUCUCACAGCUGACAAUGCAUAAUAAAGCAAAAACCAAGCAACAAGAGAAAAGAACUGCCUGUAGAGCUCAGAGACAGGAUUGUUUGGAAGCACAGAUUUGAAGAAGGAUACAAAAAAUUAUGCCGUAGUGAAAGUUCCCAAGAGCACAGUGGCCUUCAUAAUUCUUAAAGGGGUACUUCACUGGCCAGCGUGGAACUAAAUGUUCCGAAUGCUGUUUUCGCGCUGCGGGGGUCGGCACACCCCCUCGUGACGUCGCUGCCACCGGUGUCCCACACAGGUCUCCAAAGGUGAUCCUCUUCGGUUCCAGAAAUCAUGAUGCCUGGGCCAUGAGUAAUGUCAGGGCCCAGAUUGUCACACUCAGCCAAUUACUGGAGAGGCGGGACAUUGCCCUGGCCAGUUAUUGGCUCUAGGGCAGUGUGACACUUUGGGCAUCACAAAUUCCGGACCGGAAAAGAGUGCAGCCGAGACUGGAGCAGGACACCGGAGGCACUGCUAGAACACUGGAUGUAAGUAAAGGUUUUUUUUAUAGAUUUUUAAGUCACCAAAUAUUUUUAAAAAAUAAAUACAAUACCCCUCCCGCUGGAUAACCCCUUUAAGGUUUUCUACAGGGGUCUUACUAGUCAUCAUAGUAAUUCCUGGGCCUCCUCAGAAGUGAUCAGUAACAACUCCCUCCCCAACUAUGCUUCAGCAGCAACUAGGGUGCUAAGGAAGAAGUGCUGUAUGAAAAUGACAUGUAUUCCUUACAAAUCCUCUCAAUCUGAUAUCUACUACUAUUCUACUUUCCCAAUUUAUAAUCUGUAUGUUUUGAACAUACAUUGAGGUACAACUCAAAUUUAAAUGUAACAGUCCAAAAAAUAUUUGCACAACUUUUUGUAGUUUCACACAGGUAAAAUACAGUUUAUGGAUUGUUUUUAUUGUAAAGGAUAUUACACUGUAAUACAUUGUAUAUUUGGGUGAUUUUAUAUUUACAGUGGAGUAUUUUGUUUUCAAAAAUGCAUUAUACAGUAAAAUCUUCCUUAGCGGACACCUCCCAAUAGGAGACACCUUCUAAUAGUGGACAGUUUUUAAUUCCCCGGCAGAGUUCCAUCAGACUGAAUGUGUUUGCACCCUCCGAAUAGGGGACACUCCCAAUAGCGUAUGCAGACAGACCCAAAACGGGACAAUGGGGGACAAAUCACUCCCAAUAGAGGACAAAACACUCUCAAUAGGGGACAACCAGGCUUAUGUGCUGGCCCUACCUUGUACACAGGGGGUAAAGCCAAUACCCCAGUAAGGGUCCCAGGCUCCCAAGGGGCUCAGGCCACCACUGUACUCCUCUGCAGAAGUCCCAGCACAGAAGCAGAAGACCGCUGUUUAAACAGUAGUCUCCUGCUUCUGUACGUCCACCAGCCACAUCUUUCAUCCCCCUCCUACCCUGAUUCCCCCCUGCCACUUUAUUUCCCCUGUGCCAUCUUUUGAUCCCCCCUCCCCUGUGCUAUUUCAUUCCCCCUUUAUUACCCUCUGUGAAAAUUCAUCACCCCCUCUUUUCCAACCCCUGUGCCAUUUCAUUCCCCCUUUAUUCCCCUGUGCCACCUUAUACAGAAAGGGUGAUGAAUUUACAUAGAGGGUAAUAAAGGGGGAAUGAAAUUACACAGGGGGAUCAAAAUGAUGUGGCACCGGGGUAAGGGGGGAUAAUUUGGCACAAGGCAAUAAGGUGGCACAGGUUAUAAAGGAUGGAUGCAAUGAUACAGGGGGGUGAUAAGGGGAGAAUAAUGUUUUAUAGGUAAUUACACUCCGGAGUAAGUACAGGACAGUAUUUGGUUAUUUAGAAAGAUUUUUUAGCCUUUUUUCCCAAUAGGGGACAUCUCUUAAUACCAGACACUUUUUUAUUCCCCGUGAGUGUCCACUAUUGGGAGAUUCUACUGUAUAAUUUUUUGUACAGAAUUCAUCUUAUAUAUCAAAUAAACAAUAUUGUAUAUAAUAAAGUUUGUACAUAUGUUUAACUUAAUACAUGCCUGGUAGAAGAUCAAACCACAUAGGGAAAUGAUCAAAAACAUUAGAUUAUGUUAUAUAUUAUUUUACACUUUAUUCAUUUACACUUCUUUAAAAUAUAUACAGUAUAUCUUUAUUUUUUUUCUACAUUUUGUAGAAUUGUUAGAUCAUUGAAUGUUUUCGUUUGAUAACAAAAACAGUACAACACAGUAAGUAAUAAUAAGUUAGUCAUUGUCAUUUCUGCAAACUUUCCAUGAAUUAAAGGGGUAUUCCAGGCAAAACC